AUGGCUUUUGUGCCCUCAUCUCUUGCCCAAUCGAUCAAAAGAAAGAACAGACGCGAAGAAGAAACGCAAACGACACAAUGUAUGCCUCCGGUGGCUCAUCCGUCGAGCGAAGGGAAAAGGAAAUCGGAGGCAACUCAGGUGGCUCUGUGGGGUAUUUCAAUCGCAAGGAGGAGGGGGAUCCGUUUCUUGGCUGAUCGAUGGGACGGAAGAACGAACGAAGGCAGGAAGGGAGAUGCACCUCCGGUGCCUAACUGGUUCGUAGAGGGAGAAGAUUGUUUGGACCGAAAGAGGAAUAGAACGAAUGCAGCAAGGAUAAUCUUCUUCUACUCUGGUAGUGUGUGCGAAGGGGAAGGAUGCGAGGGCUGCUGCUCCCUUGAUUCACCGGAAGAAGCUCCAUCUCCGGUUGGGUUUCUUUAA